AUGAAGAGACUGGCACGAACAUCCACUGCUGGUGCGAUCGCACCUUCUGCCCUGCACACUGUGGGCCGCCACUCGGUUUCGCCUGCUUCGCGCCAUUUGCUGCUGCAAUCGCAUGGUUCUUCCUCGAUCGGGCCAAUGGGGCAGAUGACCUCGCGAGGCUUCCGUGCCACGCCCUCCACCAACAACGACAUCAGGGAGGCGCUGAACGCCGCCUUCUCCUUCAGGCCAACGCCGCAAUCGCUCGAGGCGAGCACGCUGCUGGCCAAGAACAACGAGGUCCCUGCGGAAAUCGAUUUCGACCUCCAUCUCCCGCUUCUCAAGUCCGCGCUCAGCCAGCACAAGAAGGCCGACGUCAUCCGCCUCAUGCAGGAUCUGGCACGGGCCAACGCGCCCGCCAGGGCCUUCAUCCUCCAGCGGGUCGAGCGCUACACCAAGCAGAUGGAGGAACAGAUGACGCAGGCCCAGCAGAAGGCCGCCUCCUCGUCCAAUGCCGCCAAGAUUAGCGCCAACGCCAAGAACAUCGAUGUCCAGCAGCCACCCAGCGACAAGGAGGCCAAGGAAGGCAGCCCUGCACCAUCAGACAAGAUGUCGCUGCAGGAGGCGGUGCUGCACGGCCAGCUGAGCGCGAGGGAGCUCGAGGGCGUGUUGCGCGACCUGCACCGCGACAUCACCCUCUCCCCCGCGGACGAGCAGCAGAUCAAGGACGAGGCUCGUGCCUUGUGGGAGGCUGGCACGGCAGCAGUGCUGGCUGUCGAUCAGUCCUUGCCGAAGCAUUUUACCGCCAUGGUGAUUGACGCUUUCCCAUGGGCCGACCUGUUGCUGGCGGAUGAGGUCACCAAGCUCGUUAUUGAAAGCCCAGUCUCCAAGGCCGCGGCCAGAAUCCGAGCUACGGAGGUGCUGGCACGGCAGGAGAACAUCAAGAAGAACAUGAGUUGGAUCUCGCGACUCAUUCUCCCGUCGAUCGCGCCGUCCAAGAUCAAGAAGGGCCAGACGCCCCACGUCUACGACGCCGCGCUCGACGCCUACAUCCACAACGACUUCGACAAGCUGCUCAGCACCCCGAGCGGCGAAAAGCUGACCGAGGCCACGUUCCGCCACGUGGUGCAGAAGUUUGAGGACGCGCCGGAGAACAUCGCGCGGACGAUUGCGGCGACGCUGCACGACACGUUCGUGGGGCACUUCAUCGCGCGGACCAUGGCGUCGGGGAUCGACUACUACUCGCCCAAGAGCUUCGCCAAGAAGCUCCUCACGCCCAUGAAGCCCCUCAACCCCUACUUUGCCCAGCGGAAGCGCGAGCUCGACUCCACCGCCUCCGCCUCCGCCUCAGCCUCCGCCAGCGCCUAA